UUUAGAGAAGUAUAUUUCUGAGACUUCAGAAGCAAACAUGAAUGGUAGUAUCUUUACACCACCUAGAACUGGGGACAGGAAGGGGAAGCAGGCAGCAACUGCAUCCAGAAUGUUGUCAAAGGCAAUAACUGCUGUUUACACAAUUGGGUCUUUGGUUAUCAUCUGUCCACCUGAUAUGAGCUCUGUUAUUCCACUAUUUGGCCUUGCUGAGGCAGCGACAGCUGCUGCUGCCACUGCUCGAUCUGUGCUUCAGGAGGUGAACCAGGGAGCAUCAACACCUCCCCUCAACUCCUUUAGAGUACCAAAACUGAAGUCUACCCAGGGAGGAAGCAAUGUUCAAACUGAUCGAUCAUUGGAUGUAUUGGAAUCCGUGAGGAGACAUCAAUCCUUCAACUCGGAUGAUGAAAUCUAACGUUCCAGGAUACUCAUUUUCUAAUCCAAAAACUGCUUGUUGUAAAUGAUGUAAGUAACAACUAACUCGAUUUUUAUGCCCUGGAAAGAUAUCAUUGGCAAUACAUCAAUUGCCUAAGG